GAGAGUGGAGAGGGAGGCUUGUAAUGAAUUAUAAUUAAUUUUAGGCUCCCUAAAAAAAAUAAAAAAAAUUAGUCAAAUUAAGUAUAGAAGAUAGAAAAAGAAAAUUUAUGGUACGAAGGGUAGUUAGGGCAUAAUCUAAUAAGAGAUGAUGUCUUAAUUACCGCCUUUAAAAUUAUGUAUAUACUAGUAUUCAAUAUAUUCUUAAAAUCGAUAGCCGAAGCUCUCACUACCCUCUCUCUAUCGCUUUCCUGUUACGCAACCCAAUACCUAGUUCCGCCCCUCUUUGGGUUCUAGGAUUUCAGCAUCAAAAUCGUUCGAAAAUUUGUCCAAUCUCUUGUAUCAAUUGUCGAUUUUCAAUGAAUUUUUGAUGCUCAAAUCGUAUGGACUCUCUCGAGUUCGUGUAUUUUAUUGGAAGGCAACCAGCGAUUGAUUCAAGACUUAGCUGACCUGCAAUCGAUCCGAAGAAUAGGCGUUUAUAUCUGAUCGGUUUUUGAAGCUUCAAAUCUUUUGGGUAUUUGGAUUUCGUCGUCGAUCUGAGGAGUUGUAUCUCGCCGCGAUUCGGCUUCGGGACGUUAGGGCUUCUUCGACUCUCGCUGCAAUCGGUUCGAUCUGAUUCAAAUCUUUGCAAUCGGUGUAUAUUUCUUUGGAGGCCUUCUUUUACCUGUACGAGUUGAAGAUUGGAUCGGUGAUUGAAGUAUUCGGCUUUGAAGAUAUCUUUUGGGAUUGAAGGACCGAUUGAUUUUCGGUUUGAGGAGUUCAUUCGUUGGUUCGAUCUCUCUCGUGUUAUUGAAUAGAAUUAGAAAACAAAAAAAGAGCUAAAUUUUUGUACUCUUUGUAUAUUGUUGUUUCAUUCAAUAUCAGGCCGAUUUUUAUUUGACGGCCUUAGGGCCUUGUGUUCGUUCGUGCUUUCUCUAUAUUUUUUAGCAGAGGGAAAUUUUUUUUAAAAGAAAUAUGUCUGUGUAUUAUAAAUUCAAAAGUGCAAAAGAUUAUGAAUCAAUUUCAAUCGACGGUCAUUUCAUAUCAGUUGCCAAUUUGAAAGAAAAUAUAUUUGAAUCCAAGCAUUUGGGCAGGGGAACUGAUUUUGACCUGGUUGUCACCAACGCUCAGACUAAUGAAGAGUAUCUCGAUGACGCAAUGUUGAUUCCGAAAAAUACUUCUGUUUUAAUUCGCCGAGUUCCUGGAUUGCCUCGCAUGAACAUUGUUACUGAACCAGUUGCUGAACAAGACGAGCCAAAGGUGGAAAAUAUGUCUGAGGAUGCUCAAUCAGCAAAGAGUAGUAGCUUCUUUGGAGCUGAUCCAUCUGGAAUGAAAUAUCUUGAAGAUUCAGAAUGGGAUGAAUUUGGGAAUGAUUUAUAUGCUAUUCCUGAAGCCGUACCAGUUCAAUCUAGCAAUCCAAUUCAGGAUGCCCCCCCUCCUAGUAAAGUUGACGAGGACAGCAAGAUCAAGGCUUUAAUUGAUACUCCGGCUUUGGAUUGGCAGCAUCAAGCUUCCAAUGGCUUUGGACCGGGUAGAGGUUUUGGACAAGGCAUGGGCGGAAGAAUGAUGAACGGACGUGGUUUUGGUCAAGGAUUGGAGCGGAAAACACCUCCCCAGGGCUACACAUGUCACAGGUGCAAAGUUCCUGGGCAUUUUAUUCAGCACUGCCCCACAAAUGGUGAUCCUAAUUUUGACAUUAAAAGAGUGAAACCUCCCACUGGUAUUCCGAAAUCUAUGUUGAUGGCUACUCCAGAUGGCUCAUAUGCAUUACCGAGUGGCGCUGUAGCUGUUUUGAGGCCAAAUGAGGCUGCUUUUGAGAAGGAAAUUGAGGGGUUACCUUCCACUCGUCCUAUUGGCGAUCUUCCACCAGAACUUCACUGCCCAUUGUGUAAAGAAGUAAUGAAAGAUGCUGUGCUGUCGAGCAAGUGUUGCUUCAAUAGUUUUUGUGAUAAAUGCAUAAGAGAUCACAUCAUCUCUAAGUCGAUGUGUGUAUGUGGGGCCACAAAUAUACUCGCAGAUGAUCUUUUGCCCAAUAAAACACUCAGGGAUACUAUCAAUAGGAUUUUGGAGUCCAAUAAAUGCAGUGCAGAAAAUGCUGGCAGUGCUUUCCAAGCUCAAGAUAUGGAGUCUGCCCGCUGUCCACUGCCUAAGAUUCCAUCCCCUACGCUGUCAGCGGCCUCAAAGGCAGAGCAAGUGACAUUGCCUCAAAUUGAAGAGACUCAAAAAGUAAAGGAGACUACAGAACAUGGGAUGACUGUUAAUGCUGCCCAGCAAACCUUGGAGAAAGGGAGGAAUUCAAAAGUUGCAGAUGUUACUGAAGCUAUACUUGGAUCAAUGAGUGUGAAGGAACCAGCAUCGCAGGGUAGUGCUCCACUGCCUGAUGAAGAAGUGCAGCAAAAGCCAGUCUCUGAUGAGGCAGGGAAGAAAAAGAAGAAGAAGAAAGCUCACUUGCCUUUAAAUGCUACAGAGAUGCAGUGGAAAGCUUCUCAAGACUUUGCAGCUGAGAAUUAUAUGAUGCCUAUGGGGCCUUCUGCCUAUAACCCUUACAGGACUGGCAUGCAACCUGGAAUGGAAGAAUAUGCUGCGCCCUAUGGUGCUGGUGCCAUGCCUUAUAUGGGUUAUGGAUUUGGUCCUUUAGAUGUCCCAUUUGGGGGGUUCUUACCACCAGACCCCUUUGGAGCACAAGGUUAUAUGUGGCCUAUGGCCCCACCGCCACAAAGGGAUCUUGCAGAAUUCGGGAUGGGCAUGCAGGCUGGACCCAUCUUGAGCAGAGAGGAAUUUGAGGCUCGGAAAGCGGAUCUAAGGAGGAAACAUGAAUUUGAGAGACGGGGUGAAAGCAGGGAGAUGUUAUUAUCUAGAGACCGGGAAUUCAGUAAGGAAGUGAGCAGCAGUGGCGAUGUAUCUUCAUUGAAAUCAAAAUCUCAAAAGCCCAUCCACAAAACAUCGGGGACAGACUCCUACCACUAUCGCCACCGAUCUGAGAAGCCAUCACCGGAAUGCCCCAUCCGGGACUUGGAGCCACCGCGCCCUUCCGCCAAAAGAAAAUCCGACUACGACUAUCACCACGACUAUCACCGUGACCACCACCACCACACCCAUCACCGUUUAGACUCUUUACCAUCUAAACCUCCCCCCAUCCGGGACUUGGAGCCACCGCGCCCCUCCGCCAAAAGGAAAUCCGACUACGACUAUAACCGUGACCAUCACCACACCCACCGCCGUUUCGACUCUUUACCAUCUAAACCUCCCUCGGCACCCAUAGAUCCACCGCCCAGAACCACCAGCACGACAACAGCAGCAGACCGAAAGCAGAAGGCCGGUGUCUUUUCUCGGAUUAGCUUCUCCGAAGAAGCAGCAGCAGCAGCUGCCUCCAAGAAGCGAAACCUCUCGUCGGAAGCUCUGGUCAGUGCCUCUGCUUCAUCUGGUCACCACAAGGCGACUUCAAAUGGCUAUCACGAAGACUACAAGACUUCUUUGUCUUUGUUUCUGAGAGAGAUAGAUUGUUAGUUUUGAUCAUUAUAGCAAUGUACAAAUGCCUAUCAAAGCGAUAGAUGGAUAUUAAUAAUUAAAGACACAAUUUUCAAUAUACAACAUCAAAUUAUAUAUAAAA